CGAUGAUCAGUCGUAGUCAAACUCCUUCGCGCUCGUGCCAAUCUUCUGCUCAUCCUCGGCGCGUCUCGUGCGUCCCGAGUGCGCGCAUAGAGUUUGUUAUUUGUGGCGCGCGUGUUAACGCGAGCAACAAUGUUUAUUCAACGCGGCGCGCGGAACGAACAGUGGAAGGACCUCUCGAAAAGAACCAGUCCAUUAUUCAGUUCGCUAUUACGUGUUCCUCGGAUUCACUGUUUCAGGUCGUUUCACGCGAGUUUCCUACGAUUGUGAUAAUUACCCCUGCGAAACUUGUGAAUUUAAUUUAAAAAAUGUAAGCAGCAAAACUCUUCAGAGAAUCAAGCAGCAAAGAUUAACGUUAAAUUGAUCGAAAAAAUUUCUUUGCUUAUCCCUGAUUACCAACUGGUUCCGAGAAAUGCAGAUCCCAGGAAUGAUAAAUAUAAUAGGCCGAUCUAGAAUAUUGUAAUCUCAAGACGACUUGACAGUGGAAUCAUCCGUAACAGCUCCUAGAUCGAACUAAUAUGAGAAGAAUGUUAGAUUAAGGGCGAAGAAAUUAAUAGAAUUAAGUUGAGUCGAUCCCUCGAGAAUGAAAGAAAAUAUGGCGUCAUUUCACACAAGCAAGGACCGCGUCCCUUCCAUAAUGCAGCACAUUUCGGAGCCGAAGAGUAAAGAAACAAAUUCGAAAAACGAAAGACUGCCAGAGACUGAGGACUUUUUGACGGUUGAUGAGACUUAUCGGAGUAGCAGAACGGAAUAUGUUCCUCGACUCAUGUGGCCAGAUUUAAUAGCGCAAACUUUCAUUCAUGGUGGUGGUAUUUAUGGACUUUGGCUCAUGUUUACGGAAGCAAAGCUUCUUACUAGUCUAUGGGCGUUCGUGACUAUAUACACUUCCGCAUUCGGUAUAACCGCCGGUGCUCACAGACUCUGGGCUCACAAAGCGUACAAAGCGAAAUGGCCGUUGCGAUUGCUUCUGGUCUUUCUUUUCACGAUAAGUGGACAGAGGCACGUGUACGCGUGGGCGCUGGACCACAGGGUGCACCAUAAGUAUAGCGAAACCAAUGCCGAUCCCCAUAAUGCGAAAAGAGGUUUCUUCUUCGCCCAUGUCGGUUGGCUGUUCACGACGCCACACCCCGAUGUUAUUGCAAAACGAAAAAGUAUCGACAUGAGCGACUUAGAAGCUGAUCCCAUCAUCAUGUGGCAGAAAAGACUCUAUAUUCCACUAUUCUUCUUGCUGACCAUCGCGCUUCCGGUCAGCGUGCCAUGUUACUUCUGGUCAGAAUCAUUGUCGACUUCUUUCUGGGUGAACUUCAAUUUCCGGUUCUGCGUGACCCUCAACGUAGCCUUCUGCGUGAAUAGCGUGGCACAUAUGUGGGGCCACAAACCAUACGACAAGCACAUCUCUCCAGUGGAGAACACGGUGGUCUCCAUAGCAGCGCUGGGCGAGGGCUGGCAUAAUUUUCACCAUGUGUUCCCGUGGGAUUACAAGACGGGAGAACUAGGAAACUAUAGUUACAACUUAACUACAGGCUUCAUCGACACUUUCGCGAAUAUCGGAUGGGCGUUCGACCGGAAAUACGUGUCUCCAGGCAUGAUCCGACGAAGGGCAAAUCGAACUGGCGAUGGCAGCCAUAUUUGGGGCUACGGUGACGUCGAUAUCCCUGUCGAAGAUCUUCAGGAAUUGAAACAGAUGAAUUAGAAUGAAAUGUAAUCUAUUGUUCAUAAACAGUAUUCGCUUCAAUUGUUAUUUUUUUUAAAGUGGGCCAAGGAGAAGACAAUCGAUAGACAAAAUCUCUUAGGUGGUAAUAUAGAUGAACAAUAUGUGCUGUAAUUCUGGUGUAGUCGGUUAGUACUUGAACUUUGAGACGCACCGAGUUUUAUAUAGAAUAUACGAAGACACAAAUAUUAAAAAUCUAUUUUCCACGAUCGAUUGGUGUAAUAUUCGAAGAAGCUUUUAAUCCUUAACUACUAUAGGAUACUCGUUAGAGUGUAUUUAUUUUACUGUUAGAUUGAUAGUUCUAUUGUGUUUCGAAACAUAUAUAUAUACAUUCAAAUGUGAUCAUAGGUAUUUAUUGUGAGAUAUUUGAAAGUCUAGCAUGUUACGGGGCAGCCUAUUAAUAGUUAUCGAAUGGCGAACUUCGAAUACAUUCCGCCUGGAUUUGAAUUUUACAUGGCAACCGGUUCUCGCGUUCCCAAAUGCUAUGACGUUGAAAUGAGUCAUGGUCAUGCGCUUUAGCAGUGAUAAAGGGUACAAAGUGUGACUGGAGUCGUGAAGAAUGGAGACCAGUUCACAGUGAAUUUCAAAUUUCUCAAUAGAAAAAAUUAUAUUUGAAUAACAUACGUAGAAAAGAUUGCAAAUCUGGAAAAACUAAUUCUUAAACAUCGAUAAGAUAAAAUAUAUUCAUCUCCACGCCGAGAAACAUUGGAAUGAUUAACAUUAACAUAUUGCUGACCAGUUAAAUAAUACAUGUUCCUGGUUAUUUUCAUAAAUCAAUUGUAAAUUGUCAACAUUUGAAUGAUUAAAUCGUAAUUGAAAUGUUACUGGCACAGAAACAACUUAGAUAUACAAUUUCGAACACAUUGUAUUAUUGUAAUCAUAGGAUAUACAAUGGUUUAUGUACGGCUAAUAUUUAACGCUAAAGUACGUUCGCUGCGAGGGCGCUCUUUACCAAGUGUGAAUCGCAGAAAUUUUCCACACGAGAGCUGCAACAGAAAUGCCAUUAUUUAGGGAAUCUGCCGGUUCCUCUCGGCAGGGCGAUUCUGUUGUGCUUCCAGCGAUUCCGAGAAAAACCCGUGCGUUACCUCGAAAAUAUCGAGAGGGAUGAUGCAAGGACGUAGGAGUUUUAAAAUGUUCCCUUCAUUUAAUUGUUCAAAAAUUGUUAAAAUCGAUCUGUGAAUAAACACGUGUUAAUUCGUGACUGGUCAACAAUGUGUUAAUAAUUGUUUGUUGAAAUAAAGAAAACUGAUGAAACAAUACGAUAGCAAAAAAGUUUCUAAUAAAUUGACUAAAGAGAAGCAGUAUGGAAUUUGAUUAUUGCUGCUUUGUUUCCCUUCAUGAUUGAUUGAUUCUGUUUGACGUUAGCGUUUGUUUGAUGUUUAUUUACGUGUAAUAUUCAUUUUGAUUUAUUCCACUGUCACGUUGUUGUGCUUCAUUCCUACUUGUCUCUAUUCAUUUUUCGCCUAAUCCCCACUCUAUCAGAGAGCUACUAUAAAUAACUGUUAUUAAGAAUAUGAAAAACCAACGUGACAUGCUGCUACUGUCCUGACUAUAAAGUUAUAAGGAUUACACACCAUCAAUAGAAAACCGU